AUGCAUUACACUAUGGUGAGGAUGCACAGACUUGAAAGGCGUGUGCUUGAGUGGGCACUGGAGCUCACAGUCAAUGACAUCAUGCCUUAUUCAGCAUGCAACUUGCUGAAGACGUCAAAACGACGCGCUUUGUCCAGCAGAAAAAACAACACGAUUGUUUGCUUUUCUACACAAUCAUCUGCACCGGCUGAACAGCACACAGUGUUUGAUAAGCAGCCUUGCGUGUCUGCAGAGCUAUCUUCUACACCAGUUGGCUUCAUCAUGUUCAGAUUCGCUAGAACAGUCAUGUAUGUGUUUGAACUGCAUGUUGCAGAGCCACACAGGUCGCAGGGCAUCGGGUCAAUGCUGCUGCUCCAAAGCAUACAGGCAUAUGCUGAUAAAACAUCCAGUGUUGUUCUGUAUGUCCACAAGCAAAACACCAGAGCACAGGCUUUCUACUCAAAAAACGGAUUCAAAAUCAACCACACAUAUAAAAACAAAUCGUUCCAUGAAAUGGUAUUUAAUAUACUCAAACAGUAG